AUGUCGCUUAUGGAGAACCGGAUGUCGGCAAGCGGAGUCGAAGGUAGUGUCGACCAGGACACCGGCAGCUGGGAGUGUUCACGAGCGGGUCGCUUUGUAAAUCCAAACGAUUCCAGCUGUCGCACGUAUUUGACGUGCAUUUCGAGUGGUGCAGACGGCGUACUGCAUGUGCGUCAGGACGAGUGCAGUAAGGGUGCCCUGUUUAGUGGGCGUUAUCAGCGUUGUAUCUCUGGUGCAAACUGUUCCUCGCUCGAGGACUCGUACGCAAUCGAGUAUGAGUGCAACGAAGGAUAUGGGCGUGUUUGUGCCGAUCAAACAACGGUGUCCCAACAGAAAGGCCAUUUUCCAGAUGAGUCGGUGCCUCACUGCCGGGGCUUUCGGUUAUGCGCAGCUGUUGAUGACGCGGCAACGCAGCCGUUGUCGCAUACAACAAACGGACAUCAUCUGCUCGUUUCACAUAGCUUCCUCUGUGACAUUGGGUCGGUGUUCUCAGAGGUGGAAAAGCGGUGUGUACCGGUCGCCAGUUAUCAAUGUCCUGAUGAUGGUGUGGAGAGCUUCCGUUGUACAGCCGUCGGCCGCUAUCCCAACCGGGAUGCGCUAGGAUGCGGCAGUUACUACCAUUGUCAGCGAACGACGGCUGGCACCUUGAAAGCUGUACUAGAGCAGUGCCCGAUCGGAACUGUCUUCUCAUGGCUCACGACACGAUGUGUUCCGGCUACUGAGUACGUCUGUCCUGUUGUGGUUAAUGUGGAGAGUAUAGACCAACAUGCAGUACCGGUGCACGUAACUGAUCCGCUGGAUGAGUCUAACACGUUAGCACGUGCGAAAGUGAAAAAGGAUGAAGAUGACUAUGGAAGUCGUUGUGUGACAUCAGGACGCUUCGCCAAUGAGGAGGACACUUUCUGUCGAACAUAUUACAUCUGCUCACGAGAUCCAGGAGGUGCCUGGGUGCAGGUGUUUGUGCGGUGUCCAGCAGGGACUACAUUCUCUCGAACAGCUGUUCGCUGCGUUGGCGGCGAAAUAGACUCCUUGUUCUGCCACUAUCAAACGACACCAGCGACAUCCCCAGAAAUCACGCGACGCUGUGGUCUCGCCCUUGCGAGUGCUCCAAGAGAAGAUCAACAGCAAACCGAAACAGACAACAAUGACAUUGCAUCAGGUAAUUCCCGGAUUCCGUGUCAAUCGACCUCCUCAUCUUUAGAAGCUAUCCAAUAA